AUGGUAGCGUAUGUAUUGUAUGGAUUUCGUGAGCAUAUAUAUGAUUCUUCACAAGCAACUAGAAUUGUCAAGAUCAAUCGAGAACACCAUACGCUAAUGAAAGAUGGGCGUCAGUUUCAGUAUUUAUCUGGUUCUAUACACUAUUUUCGUGUUCCCUUGAUUUACUGGUCCGACAGGAUAGAAAAGGCAAAAUCUGCAGGCCUUGACGCCAUUCAGUUAGAUAUUCCAUGGAAUUUUCAUGAACCAGAAGAAGGAAAAUAUUUAUUUGAAGAUGAAAUGGAUAUUGAACAAUUUGUAUAUACAAUACAUGAAAAUGGUUUAUUGGCUAUUGUCAGAAUUGGACCGUAUAUCGGAUCAGAUUGGUCAAUGGGAGGUUUACCAGCAUGGUUAAUGCGAAAGUAUCCAAAUAUUAAAAUGCGAACCAGUGAUAAAGAUUUUAUAUAUGAAGUGACAAAAUGGUAUAAUGUUCUUUUACCAAAACUUAAAAGACAUUUAUAUUCUAUGGGAGGUCCAAUUAUUAUGAUACAGUUGGAAAAUAAUUAUGGUGAAUAUAAAGCUUGUGAUGUAAAUUACCUUGCAACAUUGAACAUAAUUGUACGGAAGCAUUUAAGCAAUACUGUUAUAAUCACAACAAAUGAUUUAGGAACAAUUCGUCAUUUAACUUGUGGAUCACCAUUCAAAGAGCUAUUGGCUACAAUUAAUUUUGGACCAUAUCAAGGUGAUCCUGAUGAUCAAUUCUCAGAUCUUCUUAAAUUUCAACCCGAAGGGCCAUGGAUCGCUAGCGAAUUUCAUACAGGAUGGAUGGAUUAUUGGGGAUAUGUACAUUAUUAUGUUUCACCAAAACAAUAUACAUCAAAAUUAAUGGCAUUAUUAAAAUACUCACCACGUAUCAAUGUAAAUAUACAUAUGUUCCAUGGUGGUACAAAUUUCGGCUUAUGGAAUGGUGCUGUACGUAAUCCAUUUGCUACACAUAUAACAAGUUAUGAUUAUGGUGCACCACUUUCAGAAGCAGGAGAUACUACUUAUUUUUAUCAACUACUGAGAAGUGCAAUAUCCAAAUUUAGAAAUAUAAGUUUACCUGAACCUCCUAAGAAUAGUACAAAGAUAAUUUACAAUAAUGUCGAAAUGAAACUUGUAUCACAUAUUCUUGAAUAUUCUUAUCCUGGGGAUAGAACAAUUUUGCCAGUUACAAUGGAAACUGCUAGACAGUAUGGUGGAUUUUUAGCAUAUAAAACACAAUUUAAUAUUGGUGCUCAUGAAAGCAUCCGAUUGAAAUUUAAAUCUGUGAAAGAUUAUGCUUACAUAUUUGGAAUGCGUGAAACAUUCAGUCAGCUAACAUUCUACGGAACAGUCGCACGAAAUGACUACUCUUUAGUGUUAAAUAUUCGUACCAAAGAUAUUAUUACUGAUUUAGUGAUUUUAGUAGAAAAUGCUGGUUAUAUAACAUACAAUAAUAAUAAUGGAAAGAAUGAUAUAAAGGGUAUUAUUGGACCUGUUUCUGCUAAUGAACGUGAACUACGCAAUUGGACAGUACUGUACAUGUGUUUAUCAUCUGAUCCGCUGUACAUGUGUAAUAAUUCUAUUAGCCAAAUGAUACAGAGCAGUUCAUUAUCUAAUCUACUGAAUAGUAGAAAUAGCAUGAAGACAGCUCCAGUACAAGGAUCUAUAUUCUCCGGUUAUUUACGUAUAUCAGCUAAAGAACAAUUAGGUGAUACAUUUGUACAACCAAUAAAUUUUACUCGUGGUAUUCUUAUUGUAAAUGAUAAAAUCUUGGGACAUUAUAAUCAAGCGCUUGGCUCUCAAUUAAGCUUAUAUCUGCCAAAGAAUUAUCUACACAUUGGUAUCAAUAUAUUUGUCAUCAUUGAAUUAGACGGUCUAUGGAUCAAUGGAUCAAUGUAUGCUGAUACAGUUGGUCAAGAUCAAAUCUGUCAACUAGGCUUUGUGAAUAGAACAAUCUGGAGUAGUAGGCGUAAACGAUCAUUAGAUUAG